GUGUCCGAGCAUAGCUUCUUUCUCCAAGAAAGAAAGGGAGGCUCGCGGGUCGCCACGCACUCGGGUCCACGUCUCUUUUAGCCGCCGCCGUGCCGAUCCGACGAACCGACCGACCAGAAAACCCUAGCCCGUCGCGCCGCCGCCGCCGCCGCCGCAAAAUCUUAAACCCGCACGCCCCUCCCUUGUCCCCGACCUCGCCGGCCUUGGCACCAGCCAUGGCGUUCACCGCGCGCAUGAAGGACCUCAUGAGGAAGUACGGCAAGGUGGCCCUCGGCGUCCACGUCUCCGUCUCCGUCGCCUCCGUCUCCGGUAUGUACGUCGCCAUCAACAACAACGUCGACGUCGACGCCAUCUUCCGCAAGAUCGGCAUCAGCGCCCCCGGCACCGCCGCCGCCGACGCGGCCCUCCCCGCCCCCGCCCCCGCCCCCCGCGCCGGCGACGGGGCCCUCCCCAACCCCGCCCCCCCCGUCGUCGUCGGCCAGGGGGCGCCGCGGAACCGGACCGGGGAGCUCGCGGCGUCCAGCGGCGGCGCGCUCGCGCUCGCCAUCCUCUGCAACAAGGCCCUGUUCCCCGUCAGGGUCCCCAUCACCAUCGCGCUCACGCCGCCCAUCGCCAGGCUCCUCGCCCGCUGGAAGCUCGUCAAGAGCCUCAAGCAGACCUGAGCUGUGCCUUAUUGCAAGUGCUCUGGGAGAUUGCCGCAUCCAGUCCAGGAUUCAAGGUCUACUUUCCAGGGCAUCCGCAAUGGAGCAACGCCGUAAAUUACCCCACUCUGCCGUCUGGUGCCAUUGCACUUGUUUGAUUUUUGUCAGGACAUGGUUGCAUGCACUUGCAUCAAAGUUUCAUACGCAGGAACUCUUGUUAUCCCCUGAACUCAGAGGCGGCAACUCAUUCUCUGAAUUUUGUAACUUCUACAAAAAGAGAAGUUUGAGAACGGAAUAAGCACUAUGAUGAUUAAUCCAAGUAGAUUUACUUAUGUGGCUUUUCAAGAUUGUUGAUAUCACAUUCUGUUACAGACAUUUGGUCUGUGAUGGCAUGAUUGGAAUUCAUGCACAACUCUUUAAUUUGUUAAAUGUCUGUGAUAUGUUAUUUUUUUUGCCACGUAUAGCUCAUUAAUUUGUUCGAUAUCUGUGGUAUGAUCUGUUGAUUAUUUUUUGAUGCAUCAUCUGAUCUGGUUGAAACUCUGUACUGAAAAAUGUUCAUGUGACGUCUGAAGCACUGAACCUGAACAGACUGCAUCAAGAUUGGUGCGGCUCCAAGCACCGGUAGACAGUGGCCCUCCGAUCCACUAGUAUAGGCCGCCUUCGUCUCCUGCCCGCGCGCACGGUCCAACAACCAGCAGAGAACAGCCUCCGUCGAUCCCCCGCGCGCCUCCGUCUCGCUGUCGCCGCUUCAACUGCCGGCCGGCAGGCAGCGCUGCCUCCGACCAGCUCGCCCGGCGGAAACAUGAUCGUCUGCGUCGCCGUCGUCGGCCACCAG